CACGCGCUAAAGUUAUAACCGCUGAAUUCCUUCCCGUGGAAGUAUGCCGGCGUUAAAGCGCGUGUAUUUACGCUUGCCGUCAAACGAAUUUUUAUGUUAUCGCCGACGAAUGCGCAGUUGAGGAAAACAUGAAUUCGACAUCGACACAUUUUGUGCCACCGAGAAGAGUUGGUAUAUACGAACCUGUCCAUCAAUUCGGUAUGUGGGGGGAAAGUUUCAAGAGCAAUAUUAGCAAUGGGAAUAUGAACACACCAAACCACAUUAUUAUACCGAAUAAUCAGAAACUAGACAACAACUUGUCAGAGGAUACUUCCCAUGGAACAGCAGGAACUCCUCACAUGUUUGAUCAAGAAGCUUCAACGUCUAGACAUCCGGAUAAGAUACAGAGACGGCUUGCUCAAAACCGCGAGGCUGCUAGGAAAAGUCGCUUGCGCAAGAAGGCUUAUGUUCAGCAGCUGGAAACAAGCCGGUUGAAGCUAAUUCAAUUAGAGCAAGAACUCGAUCGCGCUAGACAACAGGGAUUUUACGUGGGGAACGGAAUAGAUACUAAUUCUCUCGGAUUUUCGGAAACCAUGAAUCCAGGAAUUGCUGCAUUUGAAAUGGAAUAUGGACAUUGGGUUGAAGAACAGAACCGACAGAUAUGCGAACUGAGAACGGUUUUACACGGACACAUUAACGAUAUCGAGCUUCGUUUGCUAGUCGAAAACGCCAUGAAACAUUACUUUGAGCUUUUCCGGAUGAAAUCAUCUGCUGCAAAAGCCGAUGUCUUCUUCGUCAUGUCAGGGAUGUGGAGAACUUCAGCAGAGCGGUUUUUCUUGUGGAUUGGCGGAUUUCGACCCUCGGAUCUUCUCAAGGUUCUUUUGCCACAUUUUGAUAUCUUGACGGAUCAACAACUUCUAGAUGUCUGCAAUCUAAAACAAUCGUGUCAACAAGCAGAAGACGCGUUGACUCAAGGUAUGGAGAAGUUGCAACACACCCUUGCGGACUGCGUUGCAGCGGGACAACUCGGUGAAGGAAGUUACAUUCCUCAGGUGAAUUCUGCAAUGGAGAGAUUAGAAGCUUUGGUCAGUUUUGUAAAUCAGGCUGAUCACUUGAGACAUGAAACAUUGCAACAAAUGUAUCGGAUCUUGACCACACGACAAGCGGCUCGAGGAUUAUUAGCUCUUGAACUCUUCUCUUCUUCUUCCGCCAUAGCUACAAUGCUUAGUCUCUCAAUUGCUACGCCGGGUACGGCGGCGAUUUUCCGUCGAGGAACAGCUUCCGCGACUUCAACCUCGUCUUCUUUCCAUGGUGUCAGAAUCCAGCAACAGGUCUCUGCUCGCGUCCCCGCGGCGGCGAUGAUUUCGUCGUCUCGUAAACCGUCGGUGGUGAUGAUGUCGAAAAGAGAGGCGGAAUUGAAAGAGAUAAGAUCGAAGACGACGGAGCAGUUACAAGAGGAGGUUGUUGACCUUAAAGGAGAGCUCUUUAUGCUUCGUCUCCAGAAGUCGGCAAGGAAUGAGUUCAAAUCUAGCGACUUUCGUCGUAUGAAGAAACAAGUUGCUCGGAUGUUGACAGUUAAAAGAGAGAGGGAGAUCAAAGAAGGGAUAAAGAAAAGGUUGUCGAGGAAACUUGACCGACAAUGGAAGAAAAGCAUUGUACCGAGACCACCUCCUUCUCUAAAGAAGCUUCAAGAAGAAGAAGCUGCAGAAGAAGCAGCUGAAGCUGCGAAAUCUGCUUGAAAAAACGGCCAUUGAUCUUGUUGUUUCCUGGAGAUGUUUUAUUCUCUGUUCUUUUGUUGCUGAACCAUCUUGUAUUUGUUCUUCUUUUGGUGUAAACACUUUCCUUAUUAAGUAGUUUACAUGAAUCCAUUUAAGUUUAAUAUCCUUGCUUAAGUUUUCAUCAGAAUUAUUAUCCAAUCUGACGAAGAAGUCAAGAAACUAGUAAUCCUAUG